ACGCGUCGGCGGAGCGAGAGAGGGGGCGGAGCACCGGAGCUGGCGGAAAGGUUCGGUCCCAGGACGGGGGCAACUGCUAAAGCGGAGGGAGUGCGGGGGGAGGGGAGGACCCCUCCCCCACCUCAGCAUGCCUGUAAUUCGGGGGGGGGGACACAAUUAAUUGGGGGCAUAGCUGUCAACUUUUCCCUUUUCUUGCGAGGCAUCCUAUUCGGAAUAAGGGAAUUUCCCUUAAAAAAAGGAAAACGUUGACAGCUAUGAUGGGGGGGGGGCUAAUGAGGUGGUUUUCAAGGAGAAAAGUGGUCAAUUAAUGGGGGUGGGGGUGGAGAAGCAAGAGUAAUAAAAAAGUUGGGGUUUUCUGAGGAAAAAGUGAUCAGUUUAUGGGGAGAUAAUGAAAAGUUGGGGUUUUCUGAGGAGAAAGUGGUCAGUUAAUGGGGGGGUAAUGAAAAAUUGGGGUUUUCUGAGGAGAAAAUGGUCAAUUAAUGUGGGAAUAAUGAAAAGUUGGGGCGUGCUGAGGAGAAAGUGGUCAAUUUAUGGGGGAUAGUGAAAAGUUGGGGUUUUCUGAGUAGAAAGGGGGGAAGGGGGUUUACUGAGGAGCGUUGGGGUGGUUAUCCACUAUCCCACUUAUUGCUUGUGCCUGCCGAUGUUUUGGGGGAGCCCCACUCCAUUUCCAAUCUGCACACGUCUUGUAACACGUCUUGAACUCCUGUAACUUUCUUCGUACUGCAAAUGUUCCCCUGGAUGGGCUUCCUUUACCCUCUCUGCUGCAGGCCAAAGGGGCCCCUCCAGGCUGUGAACAUCGCAGGAAACCCACUAAACAGAAAGAUGCGUGGACGGUUCUCAAGGAUUUGCCUUGAGAAGCAGAAUAUUAAAUCUCUUGAAUGAUAUAUUGAGGAAUUAUUAAUUCCAGGGGAGUGGAGAGAGCGGAUUAGAGUCAGAAAUGGAGAUCAGUCGGUAUCCUCUCCAAAAUUCAAUUCCCAAGAUUCAUGCAGACAACGCCUUGACCUCUAAACAGAUACUAGAUUGGAAUUGAAGAUGCAUUUAUUAUUGUUUACAUUUAUAUUCCACCUUUUCCUCCAAGGGGCUCCAGGUGGUUUGCAUUUUUCUCUCCCCCCCCCACUUCCAUUUUAUCUUCACAACAACCUUGUGAGGUAGGUUAGGCUGAGAGACAGCAACUGGCCUGAGGCCACCGGGAGAGCUUCAUGGCUGAGGGAGGAUUUGAACCCACGACCCAGUCCAACACUCCUUGUCUGCUCCUGUCUCUCUUAGGCUCAGCAGCAGCACCCAAAGGAGCAAGAGAUACCCAGAAAGAUGGAGGUGUGUCAGCAAGACCCCCUCUCUGAGGGGGAGGGGGCCAAGACCAAAAAGCCACUUGCAAAGGAACGCCCACACACCCCUCAGACCAAGAAGAAAGCAAGAAAGAAGAAAAAGAAGGCAGCACAAGAUAAUGGUGGGCACCCCCAAGGCCAAUAAUCUCCCUUCUGUGAUGGUGGGCUCCUUGGCAGCAGUGCCUGCAAGCUGCCAUUUUAAAAUUGACCACAGUUUUCCCUGCACUGGAAAUUGAAAACUGGGCAUUGUGGGAAAUCAAAAUGGUGGUUUGCAUGUACUCACCCAGCCAGAACUGGGUGUUUGUGUGUGAAGGGUAUUUUAUUUCUUGCGUUUAUAUCCCACCUGCUUUUCUCUCUUGAGCUCAAGGUAGUGUGCAUGGUUCUUCUGCUCCUAAUUUAAUCCCCACCACAACUCUGUGAAGUAGGCUAGGCAUAGCUGUCAACUUUCGGAUUUGAAAAUAAGGGAUCAGCAGCCUCACCUGUCCCGGAGACAGUAUACGGGACAUCUAACAAUCUGGGGAAGCAACGGGAAAUGGCGCUGAAAUAAGGGAAUUUCCCACAAAAGAAGGGAAGGUUGACAGCUGUGGCUAGGCCAAGAGGCAGUGACUGGGCCAAGGUCAGCCAGUGAGCUCCAUGGCCAGCCCUCUAACCAUUGUACCGCACUGGCUCUGUAUGAGUGGCCUGAUGGUACUUGCAAGAGAGGCUAGCCUUUGAAGCAGCCAUGGGGAACUUGGUGGCUCUUCAGCUGAUCUACGUCCACCACAGCCAGCAUGGCCAACCAACUCUCAGUCCUGAUUUUGGUAGCUGGUGUCCAAUAAUAUUCAGAAGGCCACAGGUUCCCCCCACGCUGUGGCUGCCAAAUGUCAUUUUAGUGCAGCCGUUACAGGGCUGGUUGUGAAUUUUGUGCAUAAGAACCUACCUAAACUUGCAUUCUUUAGACCAACAUGUCUGGUUUAUUCAAGUAGUCUUUCAUGCUAGGUAGCAAUCUGCACAAGAAGGGAAGGAACAGAGCUGGUGGCUGUCUGCUUUCUUGGAGAAGCAAACACUUGUUCUAGAAAUUGGAUCUACAAGUAGGAAGAGUUGGGUGUUUUCCAGAGCAAGUUUCAAGCAGCUGCUCUUCUCUAGUUUAAGCAGUAGAGGGCGGGAGAUAUUCAUCAAUCGCCACUCGAUUUCAACAGGAGGACGUUGAAACAUUCUGCCUUUAGGAACAGAAGUGGCUGAAUAAUACAAUUAAACCAUUUUGUAGCUAAAGUAAUUACAAAAAAGUGAUGGUGAAGAGCAGGUGCUGUCCUGUCUGUCAACACACAGUUUAUAAAUAAGGCCGCUCCUUUGUGCGUGUCUUUCCCAACACAGGUAUUUUAAUAUGCUGAUACGGGGGACAAGCCAUUGAGAGAUCUUCUGCUUUGUAUGCAGAAGGUCCCAUGCUCAAUCCCCAACAUGCCCUGGUGGGAGUGGUAAAGAUUUUUUUCCCGAAACCCUGGAGAGUUGUUACCAGUCAGUGUUACCAGUUCUACAGGGAACAAUAGUCUGACUUGGCCUAAGGCAUUGUACAUUCUUGUGAUGUGCUUUGAAAGGUGCUCAGACUUCCUCUCUGAUGCCGUUCUUUUGAAGCAGGAAAACCUGAAGGCAAAAGCAAGAAGUCCUCUGUCCUUGUGACAUCACCCCUUGAACUACUUCAACACCAAACUGGCCCUGGAACGACGCCCCAAGGUGCCGCCCCAAAGGCGACUCCAGGCAAACCUCUCUCUGCCAGCAUUUCGUUCUUGACCCAAAACGACUCUGUGCUUUCCAACGAGAGCCUUCGCUGGGAUGGGGUCCUGGAUGAUCCCAUAGCAGAAGAGGAGAGGCUGUGGAUCUACAGGCUGAACAGAAGGAAGCGCUAUGGGGAGUACAUCCAGAAAAACCUACCACCAGAGCAAUCGUUCGCUUUUAAGCACUUGCCACAACAUUAUGUGGCUCCUCCUCAGGGCAAGGAACAGUUGCUACGAAAGAGCAUGUCCUCCACUACUACUUCAGCGCCCAAGACAGACCAAAGUGGAAGGCAGUCAGCCCUGAUGCCAAGCGUUUCUCAGGAAAUAGUGUAAAGAAAUCUUCCCGACGCUUCUGUUUUGCUUUGUUUAAGCAAAGGCGUGAAGAUCUUGAAGAGGUAACCCUAGAUGGUUUUAUUUGAAACUAAUGAGAUUAUUCAUCUUUUAAUCAAGUUAACCAACAGCUGUCUGCACACUGCAAAUUUAAGUUUGAUAAAAUUCUGUGCUGAUGGGUAGAUAAUGAUUUACUGGCAUCCAACUAACCUUCCAUAGAUGGAGGAAGGGAUUGGGGAAUCCACGGGAAUGACUUUCAGUUUUGUCAGAAUUAAACCAUUGCUUCUCACUCUGCUGUGUACAAAA